GUCAACUCAUUGCACAACAUGGGCGAUCUGUGGGUCGAAGUCCGCACAGGAGAGAAGAGGUACUACUGGAACGCCACCAACAAUGUGGACGUUCUUUGGGAUCCUCCUCCAGGUGUAAGGGUGAUUUGGGCAGCAGAGAAGCAUCCCGAAACCGGCAAGACGUACUACUGGAACAAGGAGACCAGUGAGAGCGUUUGGACACUUCCGACCCAGAAGCAUGAAGGUGCAGGUUCACCAGAGAACCAGCCACAGCCAUCUACACCUGGCACUGUGGGUGGCUUGAGACAGAGGCAAGAAAGAUGGGCAGAUGUGCGAGACGGUCUCGCUAUGGAUCGCUUGGAAGAUUUCGCGCCAGAACCUUCAGCUGGGCAGAGGAUCCUUGGCUCACUACAUGGUAGACCAGGUCCCGGUGGUCCCAGUGGUUGUGGCUGUGGUCCGUGCCCAAUGGGCCCCAGACCCAUCAGCUCCACCUUCGGUCCCAGCCCCAGCGGCUUCGGUGCCUUCCAACCGCCGCGUGGAUGUGGGGCCUUCGGUGGCUGCGGCGGCUGCGAUGGAUGUGGCUAUGGACCUGGACCCGGACCCAGUGGACCCAGUGGACCCAGUGGACCCAGUGGACGGGGCCAAAGCUAUGGAGCCAGAGCUGAUGCCUUCGCAGUUGGCUAUGACAGCUAUGAUGGCUUCGGAGCCAGAAAUGCCUUUGGAGGAGGCAUUGAGGCUCGUGAAGAGCCUCCAUGGUGGAAAGGUGAGAACAAUGGUGAGUGGUGGUCGCAGUGCCGGCAGCGCUUUCUCUAUGAGGUCGGAGCCGUGAGAGGUGUUCGCAGAGCAUCAAGAGAUGUUUGGGAGAUGCUUCCAGAAGAAGUUGAUCAGCGUAGAAUGGCAUUGUUGGAGUUUGAGUCAUCUACAAGUGCAGCUUCAGUGUUUCCCGCUGACUUUUGCGUAGCUGGCGUUGAUCCUGAUGGUCCGCGAUCCACAGCAACGGUCAGUCCAGGUUUCCUGGUGGCGGCUUUUGCUGACAGCCCCUAUGAUGUCUCGGAUGCCCUGUGGAAUUUGACGCAUUCUUGGUGGGCCCUAGUCAAGGCAACGACCCGCCUGGUGACACUUGUCUUUGUGACUGGCCUGGGUGAGCGCGGCGAGGAUGCCGAUGAGGAGACCAGCUUCCUGGAGCUGCAGCGUCGUUGUCUCAUGCAGUCUCCUGCACCAAUCAUGUUUGCGGCGCAACGCCUCACCAAUGCAGGCAAGCGGCCGCGCCUCUUAGGAGGAUGGCAAGUCUCCAAAGCACACCGCGACCAGGCCAAUGAAUGGCUGCACCCUGGGAGUUGGUGGCCAAGAAGCGGAGGCCACAACUGGGGACCCAAAGCGGCCCCUCGCGAGCGCGGAGGAGGACGGCGAGCUCAUGCUGCUGAAAACUACGACUAUGAGGGCUGGGAAGACGAAGCCUGGGAGAGCUGGGAUGGGGACACCGAGGACGCUUUGGUGGAGAGCGUUACUACUUUUCUUGGAGAUGGCCCCAAAGAGGUUCAAGAGCUUGCAUCCCUCUUUGCGGGGCGCUUUAAUGCAGUGGUGCGCGCAGACCCCAGAAGUGGAUUCAGCAUGGAGAAGAAAAACGAUGGCAGCUUCAAAAGGUGGCUGCUUGGAGUUGGCUUCGAGGCAAGUGCACUCUUCGACCGCAACAAGUGCAUGAUUUCCGUCCCACACGCGAAGCGGACCACCCGUGGAACGAGAGGUGGGAGAAAGAACCGUGGUGCUGACCGAGGUACCAAUUCAGACGGUGAGCAGGAUGGAAUCUUCGAUCCUCCAUAUGGAUUGAAUUCUCCAGAGGCCUUUGAUUUGGAGGAAGAAGUCCUGUCUCAUCUGCGAGAGCAUGGAGAUUGCGACAUGGGAGCCUUACGGCAGGUAAAUGACCUGGGAAGACGCUUCAACGAGGUCUUCUUUCACAAGUCAAAGGUCAAUGAUGGUUCUUGGAAGAAAUGGUUGGUGUCCAUGAGUGCGGUUGAAGUAGUUUGUGAUCCAAAGGUAGCUGCCUUUCAUGGCAACAAGCCCACGGUUGUUCGACUUAAGUGAGUUGCCAGCUGGUUCACCUGUUCAGAGCCCGCGACCGGGAAAA